AUGGUUGUACCAUUUCGUGCAAAGGGUGUUGUUACUGAUAGAACUAAAUUUGAACAUCCAGAUAUUGCUUUAGUAUUGACACAACUUUCAUAUUAUUAUUCAGAUUUAUCAUCAUCAUUAUUAAGAUCAACAAUUAUCAUUGGAUUUAGUGAAACUAUUGACACACAAUUAUUACUUCCUGUUCAUAUUCGUCAAUAUUAUUUACCAGAACUUCGAAAAACAGAUGCAAUCAUUGUUAAUAAUUUAUUAGAAAAUGAAAAUGAAAAUUAUCAAUUUUUACCAAUCAAUCUAACAUUAGGAGAUGUUUUAAAACAAUUUGUCGACUAUAAACAACGUAUUAAUGUUAUUUUAGAUGUUGGAGCUGUAUGUAUUGAUGGAACUAAUAAAGAUAUUGCCAUUAAAUGGUUGAAAUUAUCCAAUAAGAAUAAUGUCGUUUAUGCCCGUUUAUUUUGA